CGGCGUUGGUUCUUCAGCUUCCUCGUGAACCUCCAUUUUGCUGAAUCUCGUUGGACUUUUACCUUACUUGUGGUGGCUCAAUAUGUCUCGUGGUGGCACACGAGUUUACUUCGGAAGACUUCCUAGAGACACAAGAGAAAGAGAUUUGGAACGAUUCGUUCGGGGAUUCGGAAGGAUACGGGAAGUCAGCAUUAAACUUGGAUACGGUUUUGUGGUAAGCUAAGUCCACGAGGAAAACUUAUUGCGAAACUUUGUGGAAUUUUCUAGCUUUGUUCGAUCGCUAGGUGCAACAUGUUCGUAAUUUAUACUUAUUGUUUGCUUUCCUUAGGAAUUUGAUGAUUCAAGAGACGCCGAUGACUGCGUUUAUGACUUGAAUGGGAGGGAACUGUUAGGUGAAAGGUAAGCUUUUCAACUCUUUUACUCUUAAAUUGAAGUUAGAAAUGCGAUCCUCUCGGCCGCUUUGGCUUAAAACAAGAAAGCUGCAGUAAUUCAUGUUGUUUUGAAUGUCACCUGUGUAGUAUAGUGAUAAAGGUUUAACUUUUGCCUACUGGUUAACCUUGAAUUAUUAGACCUGCUUAAUUUUACGAAGUACACUCUAUUAAGUUGGCUUAUCGCCUUCUUCCUCUUCGUUCUAACGCAGAGUCGUCGUGGAACAUGCAAGAAAUCCUUCCAGAAGCCAAGACUAUGGUUAUAGAAGCCAACCUAGGUGAGUAAUCUAGCACGGAAAUUUCAAAACAAACAUAACGUGUGACAAAGUCAUCGACAUGCUGUUAUACUGAACAUCAUUUUCUCCCUGCGUCGGCUCAAUUUCAUACGACCUCCUUCCCCAUACUUACUUAGUACUACUUUGUAACACAACAUUUCAUACUUAGUCACUCUUACUUUUAAAUUAAAUGAAAAACUAUUAAUGAGUACAUGUAUGUUUUCCACACUAACACUGAGUUAUUCUGAAUGUGUUCUCGUCCCUCAGUUAAACUUGAUUGCUUGUAUCUUGCUCUGUUGUUUGAAAUGUAUGUCUUGCACAGAGAUACAUGUUGUGAAUAUCAUUAUACACAGUCAGUCUGUAAAGUAUCUCUUUGUCUAUUCAAUGUCACCACCUCAAGCAGCAGCAGGAGCAGUCAGAGACGGGGCCGCACACCACCUCUCAGAACUGAACACAGACUUGCAGUGGAAAAUCUUUCUUCACGGAUUAACUGGCAGGUUUGUGCAACUUGAUGUUUGCAAUUUGUCCUGUCUCCAUACCAUCAAAGUUCAGAAUUUUUACAUUUACUAGUUUUUUUGUGGCUACUGUCUCCUAUAGGAGGCAAAUCUACAUAUGUCAUUGAGAUGAGGGCGUGUAAUGAUAGAAUUCCAAUCUUGCCUGGUUUUUACCUGAUGUUUCCUAGUGCUACUAAUUAUUUGUUUUGGAGUGUCAAAGUAGUCUAACAUUCACACUCAAUACACAGAUGAGUUCUCUCCUUUUGUGAUUUUUUGAUGGCUUACAGACACUGGCACACUAUGUUUUUAGUUCAUGCUAUGACACUACAGAAAACAGCAGAAGGUGAAAAAUACCUCAAUUAUUUCAGGAUUCACACAGUUAAAAACAUAAGUUUUCCUUGCAGAAAUAUGAUUGGCACAUCAUAAAACUUAGAGUAAAAAUUUUUCUUCAAAGAAAGAACAUUUUGUUGUUUAAAUCAGCAAAUUAUGUAGAUCUUAAGAUACAAUCUUUUUAGUUCUUAGCACAACACUAUUAACACUAUUUAAGAUGAACAACCCAAAAUUAGUCACAGGGGCAUCCAUUGACGCAUAAUUUAAAUGAAAACUUUUCCUCACAGAAAUUUCUCAAUAGAUGUGAUCUGCAUAUCAUGGAAGCUUUGAGGAAUUAUUUUUCUUUGAAAAGAGGGUAUUGUACUGUUUGAAUCAGUAACUUAUUCUAAAAGGGCCACUAAAUUUGUGAAGCAAGCAAGCUGCAAAAUAUAAUACCUUGAAUUAUGUGAAAGACUGAUGGAAUGGAGGAACAGUGGAUUAGCAGAACUGCAGGAUUAUAUUCAGACACAUAAUGAUGGAAUAUCCAGAAAUGCAGAAUGCUUUUUUGUAUAAAGCAAAAGACUCAAAAAAUGGAAUGGCAAUAAAAUAAGAAAAUUAUUUAUAAUUAACAGGCUAAAUUAAAAGAAGCAUAGGAUAUCAUUGUUGGAGCCCAGAGGAUAGGGGAACCAUGAGGCUUUUGAGUUAGCUCCUGUAAAUUCUUAUAAUGUCACUACUGUUAUCAUUAUUGUUAAUAUUACUAUUUUUUACCUUUCAAUUAUCAGUUGAAUGUCAAUCAGACAAUAUAGUCUUGAAUCAUCUUACUCUUGUGGAACAGGGAAAUAUGUGGGAUGCGUCACUAUUUAACCUCUAGUUUUUUCCAAUGCUAUAAAAAUUGUGCUAUAUCAGUAUCCAUAAGUAGUCUUUGACUGUCAAUUUUUAGGAGAAUGAGGAAAGCAUACCUUUUACUUAACCUUUUUGUUCAGCUGCCUUUUUAUUUUAAUUUUUUUUUUUCACUGUAAAGCUUUCUGAUUGUUUGCACUUUAACUGAAUUGAUUUGAUUAGAAUGGUGUAUGCCUCAAAUCAAUUAGCAUAACUAGGAAAAUAUUUCAAUUGGUAUGAUGUGGAGUUAUCAUAAUUUCUUUAAAAAAAUAACUUUACGAUCGCCACCUCUUGAUCUGUAGAUGUCCAAACCUAGCUUUGCCAUGUCCUAGCCAGUACGUCUGCCCUUGUCCUAAUCAGUCGGUCACUCAGUCAGAUGGCAAUUUGACCUUGAUCCAGGAGUGCACUAUCUGACCUUGACUUUUGCUACCCAACCAACUGUAGCAGCAAGUGCCAAGACGUUUGAGCACCAUGCCAUGUUAAAUUUCCAUUCCGACCCUUGCCUCACCAAACAGACAAUCAGGGCUUAAGUUAGUGCUAUUGUGGCCAUCCAACCAUCGUGUGAUUUCUCUCUCACCUGAGCUUAGUCUUACAGUUGGCCACCAGCGCACGCCAGCCACAUUCUGUUUCCAUUAUGUAAAGUUUCAUUCUGUUAAAUUGAUGAAAAAGAUUGUCGGACAGGUAAGUAUCAUGGUUUCAAGAACAGUGAUCCAUUGAUGGCAGCCCAAAAAGAGUAUUAAUAGGUCUUUUAAGAAGUUAUUGUUCAUUCUGGGUCAGUCUUUAUGGUGAGAUUAGGUCUUUAACAGAGCAUCAUCCUUUUACAUAUUACUUCUCAUAUUCAAAUAUUAUUUGGUGUGGAGAGUGCUUUAAGUCUAGAAACUGUAAAACAUUACAUUUUAUUGGCUGUGUGAAAUUCUUCUACACCUAAAGGUCAGCAAAACAAAAUUUCCAUUCAGCCUGGGUCUAACGAAGACUAGGACUACUUUUUUCAUAUGUACUCUCUGCUCUCAAUGUUGCCAAGUUUUUUAGAGCGUACAUGACUGAAAAUGAUAUGUAUUUUCAGGAUUUGAAAGAGUAUAUCUCCAAGGCUGGAGAAGUCACAUUUGCGGAUGCACACAAGAGAAGGCAGGGUGAAGGGUGUGUAUCUUUUCUUAUGCAUGAUAUUUAAAAAAGAACUUUACUGUAGUUGCUAGUUAGUGUGCUCGCCAUGUAGUUGCUAAAUUAUGAAAUAUUACCUAAAUACUCGUCCUAGGAGAUGCUUCUUAUUCUGUUGUGUUAUGAAUUUGUGUCAGUGAAGCAAAGCUGAAUUGAAGUCUUCUUCUAGGAUUUUAUUACUCAUCACUCUUAUUUUGUUACAGAAGUAAUUGUAAAGUGUUUUUGAUGUCUCUAAUGAAAGCAGCAAAGUUUUAGUCAGAAGUUCUAAUGGAAGAUUCUGGUUGCAUUUGGUCUAGUGACCAGUGAAUGAUUUUUCAACUGUGUCUAUUUAACUUAUAUAUUGAAUUAGAUAAAUGUUUGGUACAUUACAUUAACAGUAAAUUGUCCAUUCCAGAGUUGUGGAGUUUGCAUCCAAGGAAGACAUGAAGGCAGCUUUGAAAAAGCUUGAUGAUACAGAGUUGCAUGGCAAACGUAUCCGUCUCAAAGUUGUAAGCUGUGAUUUCCUUCUUGCAUAAGAGAAUGAGAUAAUUUCUAUGUUAUUGUGUCUUUGAAUUUUCAAGAUUGUUCAUACAGCUUGUGGUGGUUUUAUGGCAUUUGGGACUAAAUGUUCUACUUAAGAUUGCCAAGAAACAAUCUGAAUUUUUUUUUUAAAGCAAAGUUACGUACAAACCUGGUAGUGGUGACUAUGAUAGGAACAGAUUGAUUGCAGAAACUUUUAGAGGGAGGAAACUUCAGUAACAUAUCUUAGUCUUUUUGCUUUGUUGGCAGGAUCCUAAAUUUAAUUUUUUUGCAUUUAGGAAAAAGUGAGGUCCUCCUCACGACGUUCCCGCAGUCGCAGUCGAUCUCGCUCCCCAAAACGCAGAAAAAGGUAUGUAUUUUUACUGAACUUUUUUAAAGGCUUAUUUGAAAAUGGAAAGAAACUACAGAUUCUUGAUUCCUUGGAAAAACUCCCUUACAGGUUCUUAAUUUUAAAUGGUUAGAUGAAAAAGAAAGAAAGGCAAGCUUUGCACAGUUUGUAAUAGAUCAUGAAGUGAUUUUGUUCAACAUGGGUUGAUUGUUGGACAUCUGUCAUCCAAAUAUUUUGUGAUCUUUGUUGGAAAAGGUAUACACUGAUAGUUAAAAAUUUGUCCUUAGUUUGAACAUGUGGUAUUGCAGGUGUAAAUUAGUUUGUAAUCAAUGCAUUCUGUCAUCAAACUUCUCUUUGUUUUUUUCCUUACAGAAGCCAUUCACACUCACGAAGUCAAUCCAAGUCACGCUCUAAAUCCCCAAAGAAACGUCAUCGUUCUUCCUCUCGCUCCCGAUCACCCUCCAAGUCCCGCAAGUCACGUUCACAGUCAAAAGAAAAAGAGCGCUCAAGAUCCAAAUCUGUGGAGGAAGAGGAGAAGAAAUCUCCAAGUCCAGAGAAAGAGGAACAAGAAGAGGAAGCUGAAGCAGAAGCAGAGGUUGAAGCUGAUGGGGAUGAGAAGGAGGAUAGUCCUGAGGCAGUUAAUGGGGAUGAAGAGAAUGGUGAUGGUGAACAUGAGCUUGAGGUGGAGGAUGAAGUUGAAGAAGACUGAAUAAUUUUUUUUUAUUUAUACAUAAACAUGUAGUCACAAAAUCAAUACUACUCAUUAUAACAUUUACCUGUCAGUUCCACCAGGAAGGGCAGUUUACUCACCCUUUACUUUUGUUUGCCUUGCCCUUUUUUUUCUUGACAACUUUAUGUAAUAUUAGAAUAAGUUCCACCAUUACAUCAAAGGGAUGAUUAUUUUGGUUUCAACAUACUUCGUUUGGCAUCUCUCUCUAUAUUGCAUUUUUAAACGUCAUGGACACCUAACUUGAAAACACUACUUUUAUUGUUAAUAAGCUUCAUGGGAAAUUAUUGGUGACUUACAUGCUUGCCAUAGAUCUCAUAAACCUGGUUUUUUUUACUGUUUUACUGUUUUUCCUGUUAAGUUUGUUUCUUGACUGGAUAAGAGUUUAGAUAGCAAUCAGUCUCUAAAUAGAGAGGAUGCAAAGUUUAAAAGUACUUCCAUUGUGAUAUGUUACAAAUAUACUUUGUUAGCUUCCUACAUUAAUUUUAUUGAUGUCGAUGUAGAAAUAUAGUUUAGUGAAAGUUUAUGUAAGUAUUUGUAUAUCUGUCAAAGAUUGAAAGGUUAGGUUAGCAAGUAGUACUUUAGAAACUAUG